CCACACGGCCGUUUGCAGACGCGAACCAACCAGGGCUUCAUUGCAGAUGGACGGAGACAGUACCACCACCGAUACCUCGCAGUUGGCCAUAACGAGCGACUAUAUGACCAGUGGCCACUACGUGUUACAAACGCAAGAGGAUGAUGGCGAAGAAAGUCUUCAUGACCAUGAAGAUGGCAACGGUUGCAAAGACAAUCUCCGAGAGCAGGAUAUCUACCUGCCUAUUGCUAACGUAGCUCGCAUCAUGAAGAACGCCAUCCCACAGACGGGAAAGAUUGCAAAAGAUGCAAAAGAAUGCGUACAGGAGUGUGUGAGUGAGUUCAUCAGCUUCAUCACUUCAGAAGCGAGCGAGCGGUGUCAUCAGGAGAAGCGCAAAACCAUCAAUGGCGAGGACAUCCUGUUUGCCAUGUCUACGCUGGGUUUUGAUAUGUAUGUGGAGCCACUUAAGCUUUAUCUGCAGAAGUUCAGAGAGGCGAUGAAGGGUGAGAAGGGAAUUUCCGGAGUGCCAGUCACAGAAGGCCUGAGCGAAGAACUUACAGAAGACAGUUUCACAAAUCAAUUACCUGCUGGAUUGAUCACAACUGAUGGCCAGCAGCAGAACGUCAUGGUGUACACCACAUCAUACCAACAGAUCCCUGGUGUUCAACAAAUCCAGUUCUCAUGACCUGGAUCAGCUUUAGACCAAGCACUUGUCCAUGGACUGCUCUCUCACCUUGUAAAGUUUUACUGGUGGCUUUGGAGAACAAGAUUAAUGAGGAGUUGUGAGCAGGAAAAGAAGAACCUGCUAGCAGAGAGCCUGAAUUUGUAAAUUUUCUUGAUGUCUGUAAUUCAUGCAACAGUCAUUUGUUACGCUUAUAUAAUUUGUUAAUUUUAAAACAGUCUAAGGUCAAACUCUCUGAAUGAAGACCGCUAAUAAUUUUUGUGAGUUUUCUGUCCCAUGUAUUUGUUAGUUUUUAAAGGUUUGUGGGUGGGCGUCUAAUACUGGGUUUACUUAAAUACAAUAAAUGGAUUCUCAUUUGA